CUCGGGCCUGCGUUGCGGGGCGGCCCCCUGGCCUCGGAAAUUCAGUCUCGGGCCGAGGUCCGCGGCCGUUGGACGAGGAGCAGUCGCGGCAGGCGGUGGGAAGGCUGCCCGGACGGAGGCGCUCGUGGGUCUCCACCAUGGCGGCGACGGUGCGCGCUGCGGGGAUUCUCCCUGUGCUGUGUGGCGCGCCGGCGGGUCAUCUAUGGUCCAGGCAGCUUUACCUAAACAGCUUUCCAGCAGCUUCCAUUUUGGCAUUGAAGACUGUUCCCAGCAAUGGCUGUUUGUCAUCUCCAGGAACCAGAGACAACCGUCAUUUUAUCAGCUUGACCCGUGCGCUACAGACACAGUGCUGUAUUUCUUCUCCCAGUAACUUGAUGGGCCAACAGUAUAGAUUCUAUAGUUUCUUCACUAAAUUGACAGCAGAUGAGCUGUGGAAAGGUGCCUUAGCAGAGUCUGGUGCCGGAACAAGAAAAGGAAGAGGCAAAAGAACUAAGAAAAAGAAAAGAAAAGAUUUGAACAGGGGUCAGAUCAUCGGUGAAGGGCGUUAUGGCUUCCUAUGGCCUGGUCUGAAUGUCCCUCUUAUGAGAAAUGGAGCUGUGCAGACCAUUGCCCAAAGAAGCAAGGAAGAGCAGGAGAAGGUAGAGGCGGAUAUGGUCCGGCAGAGAGAAGAGUGGGACUGGAAGAGGAAGAUGAAGGUUAAACGGGAGCGAGGAUGGAGCGGAAACACAUGGGGAGGCGUCAGUCUCGGCCCCCCUGACCCUGGUCCCAACGGAGAAACAUAUGAUGAUUUCGAUACCAGAAUACUUGAGGUGAGGAAUGUUUUCAACAUGACAGCAAAAGAGGGAAGAAAGAGAUCAGUCCGUGUCCUGGUCGCUGUGGGGAAUGGCAGAGGAGCUGCAGGUUUUGCCAUUGGGAAAGCCAGUGAACGGGCAGAUGCUUUCAGAAAAGCAAAGAACAAGGCCGUUCACUAUUUGCAUUAUAUAGAACGAUAUGAAGACCAUACAAUAUACCAUGAUAUUUCUUUAAGAUUUAAAAGGACGCAUAUCAAGAUGAAGAAACAAACCAGAGGUUAUGGCCUCCGCUGCCACCGGGCCAUCAUCACCAUCUGCCGGCUCAUUGGCAUCAAAGACAUGUAUAUCAAGGUCUCUGGCUCCGUCAACAUGCUUAACCUCACCCGGGGCCUCUUCUACGGGCUCUCCCGCCAGGAAACCCAUCAACAGCUGGCUGAUAAGAAGAGUCUCCAUGUUGUGGAAUUCCGGGAGGAAUGUGGCCCUCUGCCCAUCGUGGUUGCCUCCCCCAAGGGGGCCUUGAGAAAGGAUCCGGAGCCGGAAGAUGAGGUUCCAAACAUCAAACUGGACUGGGAAGAUGUGAAGGCUGCCCAGGGUAUGAAGCGCUCUGUGUGGUCAAGUUUAAAGAGAGGCGCCACCUAGGCCUCCAUCUGGCCUGGCUCAGCCUGGCAUCUCUUGCUUCUGACACCUGGGAGAGAGUCAACCCCUCACACUUUGUUGAUUUUUUUUUUUUUUUUUUUUUUUUUUGUUGCAGUACGCGGGCCUCUCACUGCUGUGGCCUUUCCCGUUGAGGAGCACAGGCUCCGGACGCGCAGGCUCAGUGGCCAUGGCUCACGGUCCCAGCCUCUCAGUGGCAUGUGGGAUCUUCCCGGACCAGGGCAUGAACCCGUGUCCCGUGCGUCGGCAGGCAGACUCUCAACCACUGUGCCACCAGGGAAGCCCUCAACCCCUCACACUUUGGAUUGUCACUUUUUUUUUUUUUUUUAAAGGAAAGGCCAACCUUACACUUCUUUAUUUACAAAUAACAAAUAAUUAUAGAUUUAAUUUAUUGAGCACGUCAUAUAUACCAGUUACUGUGAUAGGAACUUUACAUACCUAUCUUAGUUAAAAACUACUUUAAAUAUUCAUUUAAACUAGCAAAUUAGGGAGGCAGGGCUUCUAGUCUGACCUAAUAAAAAAUAAUAUGCAGGGCUUCCCUGGUGGCACAGUGGUUGAGAGUCUGCCUGCUGAUGCAGGGGACACAGGUUUGUGCCCGGUCCGGGAAGAUCCCUCAUGCCGCGGAGCGGCUAGGCCCGUGAGCCAUGGCUGCUGAGCCUGCGCGUCUGGAGCCUGUGCUCCGCAACGGGGGAGGCCACAACAGUGAGAGGCCUGCGUACCGCAAAAAAAAACAAAAACAAAAAAACUAAAGAAGAAAAGAAAAUAGCCUAUUGUAUUUACCCAUGUUUUUGCUCUUUCAGUCGUUCUUCUUUCCUGAUAUUCCGAGAGUCCUUUUGUCAUUUUCAGUGGGGAAAAGCCAAGGUCCCCUCCUGUGUGUCUCCUUAACUCUCACAGUACUACCACACUCCCAGCACUUCUGACAGCAGAUGAGGGGGGUUUCCCCUCACCAAGCAGUCCUCUGCAACACCAGCUACUUGUCCUACAAUUUAACUCAAUUCUGACACUGUCUACCUGGAGGUAACAUCAGAUUCCACUGGUUAAAGGCUCAGUCCCUCAAGACUGCCCCCACCCCACUUCACACCAAUUGCAAGUCCGGUUGUCACCUGUGCUUCUGACUCAUCAGCUGUAAAUCAGAGGUUCCCAUGACUCCCUCAUUGUGUUUGAUAAUUUGCUAGAGUGGCUUACAGAAUUUAGGAAUACAGUUUAUUUAUUGCCUACCAGUUUAUUAUAAAAGGAUAUGAUAAAGGAUACAGAUGAACUUCCAGAUGGAAGAGAGACAGAAUUUUAAAAUUUUCAUGAAGUCUAAUUUGUCUGUUUUUCUUUUGUUGCCUGUAUCUUUGGUGUUCUGUACAAGUAAUUAUUGCUAAAUCCAGUGUCGUGAAGCUUUUGUCCUAUGUUUUCUUCUAAGAGUUUUAUAGUUUUGGGUCUUACAUUUAGGCCUUUGAUUUCUUUUGAGUUUGUUUUUGUGUAUGGUGUUAGAGAUCAACUUCAUUCUUUUGCAUGUGGAUAUCCAGUUUUCCCAGCAACAUUUGUUGAAAACACUGUCCUUUCCCCAUUCAAUGGUCUUGGCACCUUUGUCAAAAAUCAUUCAACCAUAUAUACAGAGGUUUAUUUCUGGGCUCUCUAUUCUGUCCCAUUGGUUAACAUGUCUGUCUUUAUGCCAGUACCACACUGUUUUGGUGACUAUACCUUUGUUGGAUAUUUUGAAAUCAGGAAGUAUGAGUCUUUCCGUUUUGUUCUUCUUUUUCAAGAUUGUUUUGGCUGGUCAGGUGUCCCUUGAAAUUCCAUAUGAAUUUUAGGAUGGGUAUUUCUGUUUCUGCAAAAAAUAUCAUUGGGAUAUUGAUAGGGAUUGCAUUAACUCUGUAGAUCACUUUGGGUAGUAUUGACAUCUUAACAAUAUUAAGUGUUCCAUUCCAUGAACGUGGGUAUGUGUUCACUUAUUUACAUCUUUAAUUUCUUUUAGCAAUGUUGUAUAGUUUUCAUUGUACUUUCACUUCCUUGGUUAAAUUAAUUCCUAAGUAUUUUAUUCUUUUUGAUGCCAUUUUAAAUGAAAUUGCUUUUGCAAUUUCCAUUUGAUAAGGGAUAUUGGUCUGUAGUUUUCUUGUAGUGUCUUUGGCUUUUCUAUCAGGGUAAUGGUAGUCUCAUAGAAUGAGUUAGGAAGUAUUCCCCCCUCUUCAAUUUUGGGGGGAAAGUUUGAGAAAGAUUAAUAUUAAUUCAUCUUUAAAUAUUUGAUAGAAUUCAACAGUGAAGCCACCAGGUCUAGGGGUUUUCUUUGUCACAAGAUUUUUGAUUACCUACUUAAUCUCUUCAGUAGUUAUAGGUCUAUUCAUAUUUUCUAUUUCUUCGUGAUUUAGUUUUGGUAGCUUUUGUGUUUUUACGAAUUUGUUCAUUUCAUCUAGCUGACCCAAUUUAUGGGUGUACAAUUGUCCAGUAUACUCUCUUAUAAUCCUUUUUAUUUCUAUAGAAUCAGUAUUAACAACCUUAGUUUUAUUUCUAAUUUUUUAAUAAUUUGAGUCUUCUCUCUUUUUGUUCUUAGUCCAUCGAGCUAAAGGUUUGUCAAUUCUGUUGAUCUUUUCAAAGAACCAACUCUUGCUUUCAUUGAUGUUUUUCAAUUAUUUUUCUAUUCUCUAGUUUGUUAUCUCUGCUCUAAUCUUUAUUAUUUCCUUCUUUCUGCAAGUUUUGGGUUUAGUUUAUUCUGGUUCCUUAAUUUAUAAAUUAGGUUGUCAAUUUGAAAUCUUUCUUGGUUUUCAGUGUAAGCAUUUAUAGCUGUGUAAUUCACCCUUUGCACUGCUUUGUUGUGUCCCAUAAGUUUUGGUAUGUUGUAUUUUCUUUUUUAUAUAUCUCUAAGUAUUUCUAAUUCACUUUGUGAUUACUUUUUUGAUUUAUUGAUUGUUUAAAGUGUGUUGUUUGAGAUCUACAAAUUUGUGAAUUUCCAAGUUUUCCUUUUGUUAUUGAUUUCUGACUUCUUGUUGUGGUUGGAUAGGUUACUUUUUAUAAUAGUUAUCUUUUAAAAUCUGUAUGACAGUUUCUGGCCUAACAUACGAUGUAGCCAAAUUUUCUGAUGAGAUCUGCUGGUAGUUUUAAUGAGGAUCCCUUGUAUGUGAUGAUUUACUUCUUGCCUCUUUGAAGAUUGUCUCUUUGUGCUUGUCCUUUGAAAAUUUGAUUAUAAUGUGUCUUGGUGUGGAUCCCUUUGAGUUUAUCUUACUUGGAAUUUAUAUUUUAGAUGUUUAUAUUCAUGUCUUUCAUCAAAUUUGAGAAGUUUUCAGCCAUUACUUCUUCAAGUGUUUUAUUCUCCCCUUUUCUCUUUUUUCUGAGACUCCCACAAUUUGCGUGUUGAUCUGUUUGAUGCUGUCCCACAGGUCCCGUAGCGCUGUUCAUUUUUCUUCAAUCUUUUUCUUUCUGUUCCUCAGAUUGAUAAUUUCUUUAAGUUAAUUGACUCUUUCUUUUGCCUGCUCAAACCUGCCUUUUAAUCCCUUUAAUAAAAAUUUCCAUUUCAGUUAUUAAAAUAUAGCUACAGAACUUUUUUGUUUGCUUCGUUCUAGGUGUUCGAUAUCUUUAUUGGUGUUUCCAUUUUGUUCCUACAUUGUGUUUUUUUGGUUUUGUCCCCAUCUUCCUUUAGUUCUUUGAGUGUCUUUAAGACAGUUGUUUUAAUGUCUUUGUCUGUUAGAUCUGCCAUUAGGUCUUUCUCAGGGACAGAUUCAAAAGUAGACAUUUUAAUCUAAUAAUGUGGUAACUCCAGAAAUCAGAUUCUCCUCCUUCCCCAGGGUUUGAUGUUUUUAAAUUUAUGUAUGUAUGUAUUUAUAUUGUUGUAGGUUGCCUCUAUGUCAAGAAUAUGCCAAGAUGUAAACUUAAGGUCUUCUCAGGUCUUUUCUGAGUCUGUGCCUUUCCCUGGGUAUGAAUGGUCACUUUAUAAUGUUCCUUGUAUAUGCAGCUCCUUUUGAACCUCCUACUCUUUAAUGUGUGACCCCCAAAAGGUGAAAAAGAGAAAAAUAGAGAGAAGGGGAAAAGGGCAUCAUCCCUUUAAAUCCCCUUAAAGUCACUUCAGCUGGAGGUGGAGGGACUUCGAACAGCUGUGGGAGGUGCAACAAAAUUAGCCACCAGCCUUUUUGUCUACACCUCUCUGAUCAGAGGCAACAAUCAGUGAUCAGAGCAGAGAUCCCUGGUAUUUGGGGGACAGGGUCCUUUUUGCUCACCCUGGCUUCAGCAAGCUGUGUGCAGGCUGCUCCAAGGACACUUGCACAGCUGCCUGCCAGGUGGCUUAAAGCAGGGGUGGGGAGCUGCUACUGUGCUGAGCGAUGAAACUGACCAAAAUUAGCCACAAUUUACCAUCCAUGCAUUUCCCUGAAAGUCAGAAACCUUCAAUAGACUCCACAAUUCCAAAACAGUUACAUCAGAUUCUGCCAGCACAGUUGUUAUUUAGAUGGGGAGACAGAUUCCUGGUGCCUGCUACAACCAAAGGGUUCUGAGAACCCUUUCUUGUUGCCCUUGUUCUCUGUUCCUAUUGUUGUCUUCCACCCCUAUCUGCUUUGUGUGUGUGUUGUUAUAAUUGAGCAUUUUAUAUGAUUUCAUUUUCUCUCUCAGCAUGUCAUUAUACUUUUUGUUUUAGUGGCUGCCCUAAAGUUUCCAGUAUAAACUUACAACUAAUCCAAGUCCACUUUCAAAUAACACUGUACCACUUCAUGGGUAGUGCAAGUACCUUAUAAUAAUAAAGUAUUUCUAAUUCUUC